AUGUAUGUCCUCCUCAACUUGAAAGAUGACAAGAUGCUCCAAAAUGUGGUGCAACUAUUGUUUGCCCAUGGUCAUCGCCAACUCUCUAUCGGCGAGACCAUCGAAAACUUGUGCCCAACCUGUGAGAAGUCGUCGUCAUCAAACCACUCCACGUCUGCGGUAACGUCAUCAACCACGUCACCAACUACACCCUCAACACCUCCACGGACACGAUCCUCGUCAUCAAUGGCUGGAGCUUCGCCAUCGUAUGCUACAGUAACCACGGCAGCACUCGUAGUUCCAACUUUGUGUUCGCCAAAAAGGGAAUUCGUGUGCUCCACACCAAUUAAGAAUGAUAAGUCGCAUCUUAAAAGGCCGUUUGUCCCAAUCUCACCGAUCCUUCCACACCGUGCUCCACAAGAAAAAUAUGAAGACGUCAGUGUGAAAGAAGAGCCAAGCGAUGAGGGAAAUGAAGAUCCGGAUAUGUCAGUAGAUGUUGAUGACGAUUUGGAAGAUCUGACUCUUAGCCAAGCACUGGAGCUUUUUGAUCGAACAAACUUCCAGGAGCCAAGGUCAAAGAAGCAGAAGACAGAAGAACCUUUCGGCGAGCUCUACCAGUGUCAAUUGUGCAAAAAAAGCAUCUCAAGGCAUGGGCAGUAUGCGAAUCUUUUGAAUCAUUUGUCACGUCACGCACGUCUUCAUGCUUCGAAGAAACAAUAUUGUUGUCCGAAAUGUGGAGCGAGCUUUACAAGGAGGUACUUGGCAUCGACGCAUAUCAAGGAGGUCCACGGAGAAGCAACGCUACAGCCACAUGAUUUUGCCGCUGAACUUCGUGAAGAAUACCGUCGACUGCUGGAGAUGUGCUUCCCUGGAGCUGACAAUCGCCGGAAACAGCAGCAAGCUCAAUCCCAGGCAACAAAAGACUCUAUUCUGAAUAUUCUCUCUGAUGAUAGUGGAGUUUCUGUCAACGAUGCUUCGGAUUUGAACAUCUCUGUUGGAAACGAGAAAAUUGAAGUUCAUGUUGGCGCGGGGGAUGGUGACGACGAUCUUCAGGAUCCAGACUCCCCAUGA